AUGCCAGCUGCUGCCAACUUUUUUCACUUGAUGGGGCUUUUCUCUCAGACACGCGGAACAGCUGAGCGUAGGACUAAUGGAAUCCCCAGGGGACGAUUUCAAGGAAAACACCUUGUCGAGGAAACUUGUUCGCCGGUUUUUUUGGUUAUUCAGCAUGUGCUGGGAGCAAGAUCGUGGCAAACCAUAUCGUUCAGCAAGGCGCUGCUAAUGAUCCGUGGUUUUUCAAUUUUUAGCUUUGGUUACAGCACACCUGAUUUCGUUUUAAUUGGGUGGAAAUCUGCUGGUAGGCAGAGAGAGGAUAUUAUCGCUGCUCAAUCCGCGGAAUCACCCCCAGAAUCGCAAUGGAUGGAAUAA